GCUCUGCGCAGUGCUAGAAAAGCCUGGCACGGUAAAUUCAAUUCUCUUCUCCUCCCUCUCCCUCGCUCCUCUCCUCCUCCUCCUCCUCCUCCUUCAUCGUUUUGGUGUAGUCGCUCUGUUGCAGCUAGCCCUGCAUCAGUCGGUUUCUCCGAGUAGAGAGAGUUCAGAGAGAGAGAGCUUUCUAGAUGUGAGUUCCUAUUGCAGUCAGUGGCCGAGAGAGCGAGAGUGUGGGCACAGGAGGAUGAGCCUUCUUCGAGCUCGUAUGGAUUUCAGCCCAUCUGCUCUUCCAGUUAUGUUUGGAUCUGACAGCUUUCAAUCGCGGAAGCUCUCACUGGCCGGAUUGCUCACCUCCUUCACUCGAAACAUAUCAGUCGAACUGCUCUGUGCAUCCUCACACUGAGAUUCCAUAAAUCAACUAGUUAGUCACUCAUAUCUGCUGGCAGCAGACCGAGAGCUCGAAGUGUCUGUUGGAGGGACUCCAAUUCUUAGGGACUCGCUUGUGGCUUUGCAGAUUCGGGGAAGGCAAGGCGAGGCGAGGCGAGGAAAGGAAAGACGAUCGAUCGAUCGAUCGCGGCGCGAGAAGAUGAAUUGCGUGGAGACGUACUUGGAUGAGUCGGCGUCGCAGAUGUUGAGCAGGAGGGUGAGGCGAAUGGGGCGGAGGAAGAGGCACGACCGCGUGCCGCUGGAGUCGUCGCAGGCGGGCUUCGCAGUGCGCAUGCACCGCAAGCUGAAGGUGGCCAAUUUGGGCUUCCGGCACGUGAAGCGGGGCUCGCAGGUGUCGACGCUGGAAGAUGGCGCCGACCCUGCCCUCUGGGGCAAGAUGCGCGAGGCGUACGUGGCCGUCACGGCCGACGCUCUGGAAGCUCUGGAUAUGGACUCGAGCCUGGUGCCCGCGCCGAAGAAGGUCCGAUCGCUCGGCAAAGCCGUCGAGGUCGUGGACCCCGAGCCCGACAUUGGCAUCACUCUGAGCCUGCUGGAAAUGUCUUACAUGGAUCAUCUGAAGCACGCUUUCGAAGGCCGAUACGCGUGAGGUCGAUCCCUGCCUCGAUUAUAUUCUCAGGCACGCACGACCCACUGCACACACGAAGGUGCUACUGCACAAUAUUGGUCGCGAGGCCUUCUCGAGAUGAACAUUUACAAUCUCUUCUCGUUGCUUCGAUAUCGGAGCAGGGCACGAGGCAAGCAGCGAUUGUUUUCCGUGUACGUAGAUAGAAGGAAGGAAGAGUCUCAACGCCUCGACGUUGCUCCCACUUCCACUGGCAGCUAAUUUUGAGACGCGACGGGAUCACGAGAUCGAGUGUUGCAAUGCCGGAGAUUUGCAGCUUCGGACGAUCGAAGCGGACUCGAAGGAUCUGACAAGGAGGUCGAGGGGGUCGUCGAAAGCGGAGACUCUUGUGUACAAAUCCCUGCGAGCUAUUCGGAUGCUUCAGUCGAGUGGGCUCGACAGCUCUUAUCACUGCACGCACGCACGCGCACGGCCACACGCUGAGCUCUGAUCCCUGUAAUUGAGCCGAAGGAGAUCUAGGAUUGCUGUUAUGAUACUGUGAAAUGGAUCGAUACUUUUGUGUAUAGGUUGCUGAUAGGCAGGGCAGAUGUCUUGGGUGGCGAUCCGAUCAGUCAUACCCGGCCAGUCAUGUACAUACUUACAUACUCAACAUGUUACAUGUAAAAUCUUCCAGCAAUUCGGUUCGCGAUUCGACGGCACGCUCGAAGAAGAUUUGGGAGAAGAACUGGCCCCGACCAUCUAGAAACAGCGACUGAUCUGUGUAGGUCACAUCCAUAUCCACAGAGCCUCUCCUCUUGUAAUUCCUGGCGGCGCCCUGUUUUUCCGAGUAAAGCUCAUCGCCACGAUUUACCUCCUC